GCGUGGCAUGGGCACGGGGGCAUGCCACUGUCCCUCCAGCACCUGGUGAGCACCUCAGAGCACCCCACGGCUGCCUGGCCACAGAGCCCCAGGGGACAAUCAUGGCAAAGGACGGGGAGCUCAACCGCAUCAUCAAGGAUCUGCAGAGUAAGUGUGCCACCCUGUCCUCUGCCAGUGUGUCCCCUGCAUGGCAUGCCUGGCCAUGAUGGGUCCCUCCUUGCACCCAAACUGGAGGUCACUAGAUCGUGUCUGAGAUGAACCACAUCUACCAGGAGCGGAACCUGCCAGUGACAGACGGGAGCCAGGAGCUGCACAGCCUCUGUGCCCAUCUGGAGUUCCUCCUCCAGUUUGACCUCAAGGAAAAGAGGAGCUUCUUUGGACAACGCAAGGACUAUUGGGACUUCUUGUGCCAGGGCCUGGCACGAUGCCGGCAGGAGCAUGAGGGCAUUCGCUUUGUCACCUCCCUUGACAAGCUGAAGACCCCCGUGGGCAGGGGCCGAGCCUUCCUGCGGUACUGCCUGGUUCACCGGCAGCUGGCAGAGUCCCUGCAGCUCUGCCUUCUCAACACCGAGAGCCUCUGUGAGUGGUACUAUGCCCGCAGCCCUUUCCUGAGCCCUCAGAGACGAGCAGAGAUCCUGGGCACACUCUAUGAGCUGGAUGGCAUCACCUUCCACCUGGCCCUGCGCAGGGCUGACCUCGACAUCGCCUGGCCCAUGUUCUCUGAGUCACUGGUACGAUCCAGCCCAGUGGCCAGGAACAGCCCAGCAAAGGCAGUCCUGCAGAGAGGUGAUACCAGCAAAGGGACACAUGGAUGGUCUGAUGGCAUUGUCCAUCCUGCUACAGCACCCCAUGGAGUGCUAGGCUGCCCAUAUCCACAUGCCUUGGCUGCCCUGCAAGCAAGGGGUGUAGAGAUGGAGGAUGUGGAGGUGAAGAAAUAUGUGGAAGAGGAGAAUGAAGAGGAGGUGAAGGAGGGUGUGAAGGUAGAUGUAGAGGGAGAUGUGGAGGUGGAGAAUGACAUUGAAGAGGAUGAAGAGGAGUUGAAGGAUGAGGAAGAGACAGAGGAGGUGGAUGUGGAGGAGCUGGAGGACAAACAUGGUGCUGGCAAUGCACCCUACCCUGAUGGUGAUGGGGACCCUGUGAUGUCGCCACCGACAGGCACAGGAUGCAUGCCAGGCUCCUUGCCACCAGUUCCCAGGCAGCUGGGUGGGACAGAGGAGUCCCUGCAGGUGCUGGUGUCCCAGCUGCAGGCCGAGCUGGGACAGCGGGAGGCGACAUGCCGGGAGCUGGCGUCCCGGCUGGCGCGGGAGGAGCAGCGGCACCGGCGGUGGGAGGAGAGCAGCACCCGGUGGGCCCAGGUUCGGGAGCAGGAAACUGAGGCGCUGCGGGAGACCAACGCCUUCCUGGAGCGGGCGCUGGUGGCGGCGGGAGAACCGGGGGAGCUGGCCCGGGCACAGGAAAAGGCUCGGGGCUGGCAGGAGGUGGCAGAGGAGCGGGGUGCCCGGCUGGCCGCAGCUUUGGCCGAGGUGUCAGCACUGGCCUCGCGCCUGCGGGACUGCCAGGAGGGACGGACAGAGGCGCCGGAGGAUGGUGGUGCCGCGGGCGAAGUGGCUGCUGUGAAGGAGGUGCUGCGGAAGGCGAUGGAGCGCGCCCAUGGACCUCAGGAGCCCCUGACAGAUCCUCAGGAAGAGAGGGAGCCCAGCACAGCCACCGGCAUGGCCAUGCACCUGGCCACCCUGGUGACCACAGCAAAGGAGGAGGCACGGCAGAGCCGGCAGCAACUCCAGGCCCAGCAGCAGGAGAUGGCGAGGCUGCAGGAACAGCUCAGCAGGGCCCAGCAGGAUGGGGAGCGCUGGGCAUUGGCAUUGCAGCGGGCACAGCGGGAGGCCCUGGAGCGGGAGGCCACACAUGGUGCUGAGCAGGCACGGCAGCAGGAGCUCAUCCGCGACAUGAAGGGGCGGCUGCUGGAGCUGCUGCGUGAGAAAGAUGCCCUGUGGCAGAAGACAGAGGGCAUAGACACACCGGUGCCCAGCCCAGCCCCCCGUGAUGCAGGGCUGUGCACCCGCUGCCACAAGGAUUUCCGCCUCCUCUCCCGGCGGUACCACUGCAGGAUGUGCCAGGGCAAGGUGUGCCACGCAUGCUCUGUGGAUGUGGGCAAGCAAGGACGCUGUUGCCUGCUUUGCUACCAGCAGGCUACCUGAGCCAGGACCGGGGCCCUUGUGCCAUGCCUGGGACACCCCCUCCCCUGGAUGCCUCCUCUCAGACUUACGAGG